GGUAAACACGUCGUGAUCUCAAUGAGGCAGAGCAGCUCUGAGAGCUGCAGGAGGAGAGGCUAAGCAGAGAGAUGGGCUGUGCACCUUCUAAAUCCACCCUGACCUACACCCACGAGCGCGUGUGUGGAGAUCUCGACACGUGCUCCACUUUCGUACCGAGUCUGAAGAGCUCCGUGUCCACCCCCGAGAGACCUUCACCCAGACUCUGCGUGGAGACCACCAGCGGGAAACAAACUUUCCUCAGUGUACCUGGUCGAGAGUGCUGUGGUCGCUCUGGGCUCCAGCCUCCCUGCAGCCCCUUCAGACCCCCACCACCCAGCGGCAGCACUGACAGCAGCAGCAGCAGUGACUCAGAGGAAAGCGAGAGUCCAGCAGGAAAACACUGAAAAUCUUAAAAUAAAGGAGUGAUAAGCUCUGUUCAUCACACCACACCAAUUACAGCCAAAGUCUACACUGUCUGUGCGGUAUCACCUGUGUUUCUUCUGAAAGAUGUUGGAACACUGCUGUGAAGGCUGGAUUGCAUUCAACCAUAAAAGAGCUUCAGAAAGGCCAGGAACUGAGGCCAGAGGACAACGGUUACCUUCAAGUAGCAGGAACAGAGCAGCGCCUCUGUUUUUGUUUUCGUCUGAAGUCUCGCGGGAUUUGUGUGCGAGUUCUCGCGAGCGCGGGCGGAGAGGAGGAAUGGAGAUAUGAGGGCUGAAAGGGAGCCGACGGCAGGAAGCAGGGAGAGAAACAUCGUGGAGAUCCAGUUCAGAGACUCGCAGCGGGAGCAGGAGAGCUCCGCCGGCCAGAAGCAGAAGGAGGAGAAGAAGGAGGUCUUUACUAAGGUUGUUAUUCGCCGACUGCCACCCAGUCUAUCUAAAGACCAGCUUGAGGAACAUCUCAGCCCGCUGCCAUCUUUCGACUAUUUUGAAUUCUUUCCUGCGGAUCAAAGUUUGUACCCACAUCUUUUCUCCAGAGCAUACAUCAACUUCAAAAACCCUGAGGAUAUUGUUCUCUUCAGAGACCGGUUUGAUGGCUAUGUGUUCAUUGACAAUAAAGGUCAAGAGUAUCCGGCUAUUGUAGAAUUUGCUCCUUUUCAAAAGGUUUCCAAGAAGAAACUCAAGAAGAAAGAUGCCAAGGCAGGAAGCAUUGAGGAAGACCCAGAAUACAAACGCUUCCUGGAGAACUACUCUUGUGAUGAGGAGAAAUCAAUGGCCAACCCAGAAACACUGCUUGGGGAGAUUGAGGCUAAAACAAGAGAACUUAUAGCUAAAAGAACAACUCCACUUUUGGAAUACAUUAAGAACAAGAAGUUGGAGAAACAGAGAAUCCGUGAGGAAAAAAGGGAAGAGAGGCGACGGAGAGAGCUGGAGAAGAAGCGGCAAAGAGAAGAGGAGAAGAGGAAACGCAGGGAGGAGGAAAGACGAAAGCGCAAGGAGGCAGAGAAACAGAAGAAACUCACUGAAAAGGAGAUCAAAAUUAAACUCUUGAAGAAAUGUGACAGAGAUGAUGAGGUGGACUCAGAUAGACUGAGAGAUAAAGGAGACAGUGGAGAGGCUGACCGGAACAAGUGGGAGAAACCGGCUGGCCACACCAAGUCAAAGGAACCAAAGGAAAAAGCUCAGCUGGAGAGCGAUAAGGAACAGCGGGAAGGUCACGGCCGCCGGCAGCGGGACAAGGAGCACCGUGGCCGAGAAGAGGAGCGCAAACGUCAGCGGCAUCAUUACGAGUUCGACAAGUUCAUGCGCCGCAAGGAGGAGACCAAAUGGGGCAAAGGCUACUGUCAAGACAGGGCAAAGAAAGACGGCCAUCAUCAUGGCUACUCGUACUGCCCGGAUGCGGGGGACAAGCUGGGCAAGGAGGACAGGGACGAUAUUGGGAACAGGAAGGAGCGCAUUCGCAAUAAGUCUGUGUUAGUGCAUCAGGAGAAAAGGACCUCCCAGUCUGAGGGGCCAGACCAGAUAGGAGGGGCUCUGCCAGCCAAGGACCGGCCCGCCAUGCAGCUGUACCAGCCAGGAGCCCGCAACCGCAAGCGCAUGGGCUCUGGGAACAAAGCCUUCGACUUCAGCCCCAUCUCUCCAGAGUCCAGCACUGAGCACUGCUACGAGCUGGCCUUGGGGACGGGCUCUGAGAAGAGUGGAGAUGAGUGACAGAGCGGGCAGCUUUACUCGGGGCAGAGAUAUAGAUGGGCAAUAAUAUAAUAAAAGCUGAAGUAUCGGCCUGUUUAAUCAUGUUGCGUUUCCUUUAUGCCGCUGGUGAGUGUUGUGAACGAAGCCAGGCUCCUCCCUCAUUCUCAUGCACUACGUCACCAAUCUGUACAGAUUCAUGAAUAGCUAUGUGGACAUUCAUGGAGGCUACUGUAUGUCAAAGAUCACUGCCUGUUUGGAUUCACGUUUUCUACACCACACCACAGGAACUCGGCACACUUUAUCCGUUGAACACUCAUCUGAGAUCGAAUACCUCAUCAUUUAACGAGGACAGAUUUCUAUGCCUUUUUUGUAGUGAAUCAAAUGGAUUCUGACAGACUAGAGAGUUUAUGGAUAGUAUAUAGAUUUUGCUGUAAAGAUCAUAAACACAUGUUGUGAAAUCUGUAUUUUUAAUAUGCAAAAUGUAUGUUUAAAUGUGUAAAAUCUGUUUUGCAGCUGCAGUAUGACUCUGUAAGAGAAGCUAGCUAUUACACAGUCCAGUCAGAAUAUUAUGACCAUCUUUUUGUUUAUACACUUAUUGUCCUUUUUUUUAUCUCCACUGAACAUAUAGGAACACUGUGUGGUUGUAUAAUUAUUGAGUAAUCUUCAAUGGCCAAAAUCAAACAGGACCACCACAGAUUUGGUAUUAUGUUGGUAUUAUUUGGGUGAUUUGGGUUAUUCUUAGCUCUGCAUUAACACUGUCAUGCAAUGGUAUACAGACACAGCAGUGCUGCUGGAGUUUUUAAACACUUCACAUUCACUGCUAGACUGAGGAAAGAUCAGGAAUCAGAAACAUCCAGCCAAAAGCAUUACAUGAUGACUAGAGGAUUAAAACAAACACAAAAUGUGCAGCAACAGAUGAGCUUAGGUCUCUGACUUUAUAUCUACAAGGUGAACCAGCUAGAUUUGAGUGUCUAAUAUAGCAGACAGUGAGUAAACACAGUGAAAUAACAGGAUAAUAUGUAUAAGUAUGUCCUUGUAAUUACAAUAACUACAAGGUGCUCCUAUAUGCUCAGUUGAGCUGAUGAAAUAGACAAUCAGUAUACAAACAUGUGAGUAGUUGUAAUAUUCUGAUAUGAUUGUGUCUUACUUAUAUUUCUAUGUAUGUUUGUGUGUAUGUAUGCGCAUGCACAUUGCUACUUUGAUCCUGGACAUAAUAGCACUGGCUUUAAUGAUUUCAGAUUUUAGCAUGCUCCUCUUUAUUUUAGAUAAUAACAAUAAUAAAAGUAAUAAUAAUAUUAAUUAUAGUAAUAAUGCUAAAAUGAUGCCUUUGAGUGCUAACUAUCCUCUGUGUUAGACCUGCAGUGUGACUUUCCGUGAGCUUGCAGUACUUCUAGGUUGAUGUGAGUCUUUAGCUAUUUUAAGAUCAGUGUUUCAACCUGCGAGCCAAGAAGAACAAAUUAUGAUGUGUUCCAUUAAAAGCUACCGAAGACAUUUAGCUCCAGUUUUUCUCGGGUCACUUAGAUCAUGUUAAAUGUCAUUUGAAUGAUUUUCUAGAUGCUGUUCACAGUUUUUACAUGGAAGAUUCAGAUCAUUGAUGGCCACUAUGUGUCACAUGCCUUAGAGAUGAUUUGCACUUGACCGUUUCAUCUGCCAUUAUGAAGGUGUCUGAAAUACAGGGUUGUUUUGAUCUCACUUGGAAGAACAAGAAAACUGAACAAGAAUCUGUCCACAUGUGAUACUACAGAGAUAUAUUAUGACAUUUUUGAUGGAUUUCCAUACACUGUUUGUCUACAAUAAAGAUGUUAUCCCAUAA